AUUUGACUGCCCAUUAAUAUUCCUAGUGGCAAGCUAUAUACUUAUUAGUAAUUACAGAUUAAUCAGGGAGAAUCCAGAUUUGGCCAUGAAUGAUUUGUAGUUGACCGUCACCCUUGAUGAUCAUCAUGAUUUCUUUCCCUGAUAUAGCAGUCCCUCAUCAUUGCUGAUGUUCACAUUUUUAGCAAAUGCCAGACUUUUUUUUUUUUUUUUUUUUGGGUGGUGCAUUGCUUAAUCCACAAUAGGGAGCAACAUAAGUUCCUCUUCUUCAACCCUUGUGUCUAGUAAAGCAAACUAUUUGUCUGGUACAAAUCUCUCUUUUCUGUUUUAAUUAGCACCUCUUGAUUUUCCAGGGAAACAUGAACAAGCUUUUGUAUCUCAUCUUCCUGGUCUUCUUGUCAGUGUAUACAGCUGAGAAAAUUACAGAGGUUUUUGGUGUUGAAGGGGAACCCAUUUCCAUCAAUUGCUCCUAUAGUCCUCAGAAGAACCAGUGGAGAGAGAAAAGUUGGUGUAAGCACAUCAGUGAGGCAACGUGCCAGCAUAUUGUCAGUGCCCGACGUUUUUGGCUGCCCUUCCUCAAGAGAAGAAAUGGCACCACUGCCAUUGCUGACAAUAUCCAGGAAGGAUUGCUCAUGGUAACCAUCAACCCACUCCAGAAACAGGAUGCUGGUUGGUAUCAAUGUAUGACACACUUCUUGGGGACUGUGACAACCUUGCAGAAGGUCAAGGUGAAUGUUCUGACAGAUAUAGAUGUACAAGAGACACUCAGAAUCCUUCACAGCAUCUCCGGCUCUUCUUCAAAUGCUGGAAUUAAUCUCACUUCCCUGGCAGCUGGCUUUCUUGGUUUCAAACUACUGGUUGCUAUAAUUAUCCUAAUUGUUGCCAGAAGCAAGAAGAGGACUACUGGGAAUGAGAGCAGAGGAGAAAACCAGCAUUUUCAUCUCCCAAUCAUCACAGGUACCUCAGAAGUUCUUAGAAAUAGAGAACUUACUGGCUCCUAUUGUCAUCUUAAUUAUUACCAGAAGCAAGAAGAACUGAACAGAUCUUGAGAACUUGUUUCAGAAGCUCUUGCCAUUCUAGAUGAAAUUUCUGUGCCAUUUUUAAUGCAGACACUGAAGCAAUGAGUCAGGACUUUAAAAUCAUGCAUCCAACUGCAGGUCACAAGUUCUUCAAAUGACUCAUUGGCCGGUGUUGCUUUUGGAUUCUGAAUUUUUACAAUAUUUCUUUUUUCAAUCUUUUUUCUAAAUCUCUGUGGUAAAAUUAAAACUAUUGUUUUAAAAGCAGUUUCAGUAUACUAACAUAUUUUUGCUGUUGUUUUUUUAAAAAAUAACUCCUAUAAGCCAUUGCUUUUAUGUGUCCCUCUGCUCAUUUCAUUUUAUUACUCUCCUGCCUGUUCCUGUUUCCAAUGUAACAGGAAAGAACCAGCAUGAGUGAAUUUGAUAGAAGGAGAAGAAGUAAAAAUUCAUAGAUCCGUCCCCAAGGGUGAAGUCCAAAGGCAGGAUGAGAAAGAGUCCAAAUCAGGUGCUUGGAGUCCCCCUUAAUCACACCAUAUUCUGAUGAGCAAACUGCACAUGUAAGAAUAAAUAUAGCCUUUCUCUUUCUCUCCACUCUUACUCUCAUAACAAAGGAUGGCAUAGAAAAAUAAGAGGUUGCAACAGAACGUACAUAUCACCAAGAAUUCAGCACAAAAAAAUAAAAAUGGA